CGAGUCUAGGGUUUUAGCUCCAGAGCCAGUUGCUGAUGCAAUCGGAAGCUCCUACUGUAAUUCAAAGUAAAAACUUGCUGUCAGUUCGAUCGAGGAACGAAAAUGGCUUCCUCGUUUAUGCAGCAGUUCGCGAAACAGAAGAGCAUAGUGAAGAGAUCGUCCAAGAAGUAUUUGGAGGAGGCACUUUACCGGAGGCUAUUUAAGGACGGCGGAGAAGAGCAGAGAGUGAGGGAAAAGCUGAACGAAUUUCUCAAAUCUGGAAAAAGCGCCUUCAAAUGGGAAGUAGACCACACUCUGAAGAUUCUUCGCAGCCGCAAGCUUUACGCUCCGGCGCUCAAGCUCUCAGAGACUAUGGAAAAAAGAGGGAUGAAUAAAACAGUAAGUGAUCGAGCAAUCCAUCUUGAUCUAGUCGCAAAGAGUCAAGGCAUUGCUGCUGCUGAAGGGUACUUCGUCAGUCUACCUGAAUCCUCGAAAAGUCAUCUUAUUUAUGGCACUCUUCUUAAUUGUUACUGCAAAGAUUUAAUGAUUGGAAAAGCAGAAGCUUUAUUCGAGAAGAUGAAAGAACUUAAUUUGGAACUCACUUCUAUGCCGUACAACAGCCUUAUGACCCUAUACUUAAAAAGCGGACAGCCGCAGAAGGUUCUGGCAUUAAUCCAAGAAAUGAAGGCCAGUGAUAUCAUGCUCCACACUUACACUUACAAUGUCUGGAUGAGGGCUCUUGCUGCUGUGGGCGAGACAUCAGAGGUUGAAAGAGUUAUUGAUGAAAUGAAAAGGGAUGGCCGAGUUGCUGGUGAUUGGACGACAUACAGUAAUUUAGCAUCGAUUUAUGCUGAUGCUGGACAAUUUGAUAAGGCUGAGAAAGCACUCAAGGAACUCGAGGCUAAAAAUUUGAGCAGAGAACUCUCGGCUUACCAAUUCCUAAUCACAUUGUAUGGGCGUACCGGAAAUCUUCUUGAAGUUUACCGUGUUUGGCGAUCGCUGAGGCUAGCUUUUAAAGAAACAGCCAAUAUAAGUUACCUGAAUAUGAUCCAAGUCUUGGUCAACUUGAAUGACUUACCAGGCGCCGAGAAAUGCUUCCAGGAGUGGUCAGUUAAUUGCUCGACGUAUGAUGUCCGUAUUGCAAAUGUCCUUAUUGGAGCUUAUCUCAAACAAGAUUCAAUUGAGAAGGCUGAAAAGAUCAAAAGGCAGGCCAAGAGGAGGGCAUUGAAACUGAAUGCCAAAACUUGGGAGCUUUAUCUCGAUUAUUAUCUGAAGAAGGGAGUUAUGAAAUCAGUUGUGUAUUGUAUCGACAAUGCAACUUCAGCUGGAAGAGGGAAUGGCAGCAAGUGGAUCCCAUCACCAGCUGUUGUCGAGAAAGUGAUGCAACAUUUCGAGCAAAACAAGGAUGUUUUAGGCGCCGAGCGGUUCCUGGAAAUCUUGAAAAAGUCGAAGGAUGAACUGGGAGCCGAGGUGAUUGAACCCUUGAUUAGAACUUAUGCAGCUGCAGGGAGAAAGAGCCCGAUCAUGCAAAGACGUGUUAAGAUGGAGAAUGUCAAAUUGAGCGAGGAAGGUCAAAAACUGCUGGAUGAGAUCACCGAGGACUGAGAUCUAAAGAUUACUAGCCGAAGAUCAAGAUCGACUGUUGUGUUCUGUGUGUCGGAAAAAGGUUAGUUCGUAAUUUUCUUGAUCUGGUAAGUAUGGUGAGAUUUAAUUGCAUCAGCUGUUUAAUUUGAUUUCUUCAGUUCUUGCCAAGAUGUGUUGCUAAAUGCAUUUCUGAUCAAGUUUUUGCUACUUUUGGGUAACCACAUAAUAAGGAUUAUACUAUACUAGUUGGCUUCA